GGCAUAAAGUCGUUGACAGUCGAACACAAACUCUCACUUCUUCUCCCUCUUCGCUUUCUUCUGCAACAUUCCAACCUCAAUAAUCCAAUUCCUAAACAAAACGCUGCGUUUUGCAUUCAAUUUCAAUUCCUCACCGGAGCCCCUAACUCCAUCACUUGCCGGCGAUACCAUGGCCAUCGCCGGCCGCCAUAAGCCGAGCUCCGACGUGAAGCUCUUCAGGCUAUGCCCCUUCUGGAGUUCGGGGAACGCUUUUUCGCCACAGAACCACUCCGAAGGGAACGCUAAGAGGUCAUCCAAAACGGUGUCGUCUGUUGCAAGGUCGUUGCUACCUCCUCGGCGGAGACUCCGUCUCGAUCCUUCCAAUUACCUCUACUUUCCAUAUGAACCGGGGAGGCAGGUUCGAAGUGCGGUUCGGUUAAAGAACACUAGCAAGUCUCACGUUGCUUUCAAGUUUCAAACUACGGCGCCGAAGAGUUGUUACAUGCGGCCUCCUGGUGGCAUUCUUGCUCCUGGGGAAAGUUUGAUUGCAACUGUGUUUAAGUUUGUGGAGCAACCUGAAAACAAUGAAAAGUUGUCGGAUCAGAAGAACAAGGUCAAGUUCAAAAUCAUGAGUCUCAAAGUGAAAGAAGGAGUGGACUAUGUACCUGAGCUGUUUGAUGAAGAAAAGGAUCUAGUGACAGUGGAACGAAUCUUGAGGGUUGUGUUUAUAGAUCCAGAACGGUCAAGUCCUGCUUUGGAUAAAUUGAAAAGACAGUUGGCUGAAGCUGAUGCUGCCCUUGAAGCUCGGAAGAAGCCUCCUGCAGAGGCAGGUCCUCGAGUUGUUGCUGAAGGGCUUGUAAUUGACGAAUGGAAAGAAAGAAGGGAGAAGUACCUGGCCCGCCAACAAGUUCAAGCAGUAGAUUCAGUCAACAUUGGAUUUGCUUCGAAAGACCUGUUGCGGGACUUGGUUGGUAGCCUAUCGGUAGUUUCAGAACACAAUCUGAUGGGGAAAAAAUAUUCGUUGUAUGAUUGUCAAAAUUCUUGUUCUUUGGAGGAACAGUCUGACUUGUACAUAGUAGAGUUUGCUUGUUUUGUAAAAUAAAUGCAUUUCCUCACUGCCAUCUACCUGUGAAAUAAUGUUGAAAUGACAGAUUAUUCAUGACAAAGUCAUUUUUC